ACUCCACUCACUGUUUCAGAGAACUCAUUUUUAAAACACAAUGGGGAAGAUAAUCUUUUAUGAGGACAAGAAUUUCCAAGGGCGCUCCUAUGAGUGCAGCAGUGACUGUGCUGACCUGCACUCCCAUUUCAGCCGCUGCAACUCCAUUCAGGUGGAAAGCGGACACUGGAUGGUCUAUGAGCGUCCCAACUUCAUGGGUUACCAGUACUUUCUGCGCAGGGGUGAAUAUCCAGAUUAUCAACGCUGGAUGGGCUUCAAUGACUGCAUUAGAUCCUGUUGCUUGAUCCCUCAACACCAAGGAUCCCACCGAAUGAGAAUCUAUGAACGCUCUGACUUUGGUGGUCAGAUGAUGGAGUUUACAGAUGACUGCCCUUCAUUGUAUGAUCGAUUCCACAACAACGACAUCCAUUCGUGCAAUGUAAUGGAUGGGUACUGGCUCUUUUAUGAGCAUCCCAACUACAAGGGUCGCCAGUAUCUGAUGCGGCCUGGAGAGUACAGAAGAUUCGGUGACUGGGGUGCCAUGAACCCUAGGCUUGGUUCCAUUAGACGCAUUGCCUUCUCUAAUUGAGUAGCAAAAUAAAAUACAGUAAAACCAAA